CGCACGCAACUAACUCAAAUAUCGAAGGAGCCGAGGGAGGUCGCUCACAAAAGAAUCAAGAGCGAAAAGCAAGGCCCUAAAACAUAGCAAAAAGCUGGCAAAAAGCAACUAUACCGACUGUAACUACUUUGUUUUUGUCGGUAUCGUAGCUAUUUCAAAACACGGGCUCUCAUUUCAGGACGGUCGUUUUCAACGUUUACAAGAUUUAUCUUAGCCUAAUGCACUAUCAAACCUGUAUUUCAUCUUGAGCCGAACAAGCAAAAAGCAGCAACAUGCUGUAUAGAAGCUGGACCGUGUGGCUCCUUGUAAAUGCGAGCGUAAGAGCACAACGGAGAUCAGCAGAGUUCCUUGACGAAGGCUUACAUAUUGGACCGGGAACACCGCAGGAAGCCAUCGAUCAGCUGCCGGCCAGCUGCCGCUGCCAGCGCCUGCCCUCCAGCGCCUGCUGCCGCCACCCGAUACUCCGCUCCCAGUGUCAGGAGUUCUGCCUCUCUGGCCAGUGUCCCUCGCCCCGGGAGGACCACCAGCAGUGUCCCUACUGCUCCAGCAGGCUCCAGGCGCGGAGUCCACAGUGGUGCCCGUCCUGCCUGCGGCAGAUCAGAGCACUGGAUCUACCCAGAUGUCCCUAUUGUGACCGCCGUCUGCAAACACGGACUAUGAGCGCCUGUCCUCACUGCGGGCGGCCGCUGCAGCAAAGGGAGGUAUCACUCUGCCCCUGCUGCACCUGCCUCUGUCUGCCACCGGAUGAUAAAGAAAACACAUCCACCACCGUCAGACCUAAGCGAUACCUGGACAAUUCUCCCCUCGCUGAGGAUCACUCAUUACCGAGCGGCUUCAUUCGCUCCCUCAGUCAGCUGGUCAACCCUCGCCCGCAGCCUUUCUGGAGUCCUCUCCGCCGACGGAAGCGCGCAAUCAUCACUCAGAAUGGCUACGCUCUGUUGAUGGAGACCCAUCUCGGUCCGGGGGCGACCUACGCACGUGGAAAACGUCAGCUGAUCGGGCCAGCCGGAGCGCCCCUCCGCUCGCCCGAGUUUACCGAUGAAGAUGACCCGUGUAAGAAGAUGUUCUCCUGUCGUAACGGCGGAACCUGCGUUCGGAAGGCGUUCGGAGAGGUUCGCUGUCGCUGUCUCGAGGGAUGGAGCGGACGGUUUUGUACGCAUAGAAACUGAGACCCGUUUAUGAUCGGAUUGAUAGCUAAGCACGACUCUUGGGUGUGCUUAUUCGGUAGAAUGUCUACAAAAUAGGUAUUUGCAAAGUAGGUAUGCAUGGGCUUGGUGACAACCAUGGUGUUGAGCGACCAUGCAAAGGUAACCUUGCGUGUAUUUGCUAUGUGUGCAAAGGUUCGUUCUGUGUGCUCACUGUUCUGAGUAUAUCGCAAUAUAAUGCUACGGCUUACCA